AUGAUGGGUAUUCAAAGACUCUUUCACGAGUUGGGCUUGCACUCGUUGUUCGCUUCUGCCUUGGACACCAAGAUCAUCAUCCUUCAGCGCUUCGUCCGCUUCUUUGCUUUUGGCGGUUCGACCAUCGUCCUUGCUCUCUAUCUCCACGAACAUGAUAUUCCAGCAUCUCAGAUUGGACUUUUUAUGAGUCUUACCUUCGUGGGAGAUAUCAUAAGCUUCGGGCUGAGUCUCAUUGCUGACGGCAUCGGAAGAAAGCACGUGCUUGCGAUCGGCGCCUUGAUGAUGGCUUUCUCUGGAUUUGCUUUUGCAACAAGUGGAAACUUCUGGGUCUUGUUACUUGCUGGCAUUGUUGGAAUUAUUAGUCCGAACGGGCGAGAAAUUGGACCCUUCACUUCAAUUGAAGAAUCAACACUAGCCCAUCUCACCGCACCUGAAAUUAGAAGCGACAUCUUCGCCUGGUAUGUCGUUAUUGGUUCGGCAGGUAGUGCUGCUGGAAAGUUUACCACUGGCUGGGCAGUCCAGCAACUCCAGGCAGCAAGAGGAUGGACUUCUAUGAGGUCCUACCAAGCCGUGUUCUUCACUUAUGCCAUGCUUGGAUUGCUGAAUUUUGUCCUUGCUUGGUUCUUGAGUCCAAGUGUUGAGCUCCAGAAGGCGGAGCCUAGACGCCUUCAGGCCAUCGAAUCAGAUGAAGAAGAUGCGUUGCUCCCGGGUACCGAUCAAGUAGAUGUUGAAGAGCCGGAGAAAAGGAGAACACUGAUCCCCAAGAUCAGUCGUGAGUCUCGUGGUAUUAUCUUCAAGUUAUGCUGCUUGUUUGCCGUAGACUCAUUGGCUUCUGGUCUUGUCCCUGCGUCUUGGGUCACAUAUUUCUUCUACAACAAGUUCUCUCUGCCAACUGGAUCGCUUGGUACGAUUUUCUCUAUCAUGGCCAUCCUAUCAGCAAUAUCAUCAGUCGUCGCAGCCUCGCUAUCGAAGAGAAUCGGUCUCGUCAACACGAUGGUGUUCACUCAUCUACCAUCUGCUAUCGCCCUUGCUCUGAUACCAAUUCCAUCAUCACUGACGGGUGCUAUCAUCUUUCUCGUCAUUAGAUCGUCGCUAGCCUCGAUGGAUAUUGCACCUAAAGCUGCAUUCCUCUCCAUGGUUGUUCAACCAGGAGAGAGAACAGCUGUCAUGGGCUUCGUUUCUGUAGUCAGAACCUUCAGUCAAAGCUGUGGACCGUACAUCACUGGACUACUUGCUCAAUCUGGGAGCUUUUGGGUCACGUUUAUCCUCGCCGGUUCCUUGAAAGCUGCAUAUGACAUGGGACUCUUGAUUGCUUUUAGUCAUCACAAGGUCCAGGAUAGGCAGACACCGGAAGGACCCACCGAUGAAACUGAGGCAUGA